AUGAAAUCGAAAGCAGGGCAGAACAGGAACGUGGUCCUCAGGAUAAUAACUUGCCCGAUUCGGGCGCUGGGCAGGGCCAGGGAUCUCUACGUCAGAAGCCUCACGGGAUGCGGCACCAUCGCCACCCACAACCCCAGCAGCCGCAGCCGCCGCGUCCCUAAUUACCACACCAGCCACUUCACCUCCUUGCCCCGCAGCCUCAGCGCCGCCGCCUCCACCUCCAACGGCGGCGGCGAGGACCUCCGGGAGCUCAUGAGGGCGGCCUCGGCACGGGUAUACGGCCACAAGAACGAGAAAGAAGAAUUAAAGAAUGCCCAGAUACUCGGUAAGGGUUUUGAUUACUUUUCAGCUGAGAUUCCUCAAGAUGAGGCAAACGGUGGGGAGUUGAUCGAUAUGCAGUUGUUAAGGAUGUCACCACCGACCAGCCCUUCCCCCUUCUCACCACCGACCUCCGCGCCUGCUGCUCCAAAGUCCAAACGCCCCUCCCCGCCUCUGCUUCCUUCAUCUCCGCCAUCGUCGUCGAGAGCAGGCUGGCCGGCACUCCGAGCCGUUUCCUUCUCCUUCUCCUCGUUCGUCACCACCAUCGUCGUCGGCGCUCAAACCUGGGGUUCGGCGAUUCUCGCCGGCCUCUCCUUCUUCGCCCUCGGGUGGGUCAUCAAAGGCGGUAAUCCUCUCCCCUCAUUCAAAACCGACGACGACAACAACGAACCUUCCUCUUCUGAGACCGCCGACGCCGAUGCUCGCCGUUGA